GGAGAUUUACUUUUGGGAUCAAAACUAGGAAAAAGAAUAAGAUGAAAAUUAAGAAUAAUGUCAAAACAUCUCUCAAGAAGCAUAGCUUCACACAUGAGAAUUCUCCUCUUAUUACGUUUUAUUAUGAAACGAAGCCAAAGAAAUAUGAGGAUAGUCAGAUGUAUAUGGAAGGUUUAGAAAAGAUCCAACAGGUGUAACAAGCCAAUCUUCUGAUACUAAGAGGAGCCCCAAGGUCCUCAUAAGAGCACAGGAAGAAAAGAAAGCUCAAUCAAAACCUAAUAUUUCAAUCUCAAAAUAUUGAAAGCCGAAGUCACAGAAGAAGAGGGACAAGAAUUUGUCGAUAGACAUACCAACACCUAGGAUCCAUCCCUUCAUGGCUGAAGGAUUGAAGGAUCUGCCUCCUAAUUCUUCAGGAACCUUCACUCAUGACGAGUUGCUCGCCCAUAGUGUCAACUGCCCGAAAGAUAACAGCGAUGGAGUCAGCCCUCUAGACUUUGACGAGAAUUACCUCAUGUUCGGAGGCGAUACUUAUUUAAAAGACAGACCAGAUCCAAAUACUCCUAUGAAGAAUGAAGACCUCAUUAAAGGAUAUAAGCAGAGGUUCAAGUUCAAAUUUGAAAAGCACCGAAGGAUGUCGGUUAAAAUUAAUUAUCAUACAAUAAAUAAACUAAAAAGCAAUAGAUCCUCAACCAAAAGUAAAUUCAGUGUGGAAAAGAGUGCUAAGUUGACCCUGCGAGGUAAUACGCUGAGGAGUUCCGGUAAGAACAAGCUCCUGACCCCAAGGGAGGAGAAUAAACAAAACGAAAAUGUCCCCAAAGACGGCUAGAGAUUUUAUUUUCAUCUUUAAAACAUCAUUAAUAAAUAUAUU